AUGUUUGGGCACUCUUUUAAUAAAAGUAGCAGUGAUAUUGACAACAGUUUUGUAACAAGUAUUCACGAGGUAACGUAUAAUACGGAACCAAAAUCCUCACUGUCGUCUGCUAUGCCAAAUGAAAAAACUAUAAGAUGUAUGGAUUCAGAGCUAUGUGCUGAAGAGUUUUCUCACGAAUCAGCUGAUAUAAUAGAACCUUCUUUAACACCAAUGCCCUCCCCGAAUAACGAUUUUUUCGAGUACAGUGUGGCCACUUCAACUCCGUUAUUUAGAAACUCAUCUAUUUGUGAUGAUAAUAAUUAUGGUUCAACUGUUAGUGUUAGUAGAGGCAAUACACCACAGCUUAGUAACGCUUCGAGUCAGGAUUCUUCUGUAUGUUCGUCAAAUGAAAGUACACCGUCAGGCAGAGUUGGAAGAAAGCGUCACCGUCGCCGUGAUGAGUGGAAAGACGUAAAAAGAAAAUGUUUAAAAAAUUUAGGGAAAGCCUAUUUAAGCAGAAAUGGAGUUCAAAGAGAUGGAAAGAUUUUGAAACAACCAUGUCCGACUACUUGCCGACUUAAAUGCUUUACAAAAUUUAAUGCACAAGAACGGGAGCGUAUAUUUUGUUCUUUUUGGCAAAUUGGAGAUCACUGUCGGCAAUGGGAUUACAUCGUCAAUCAUACCGAAGUAGGCGACACUAAGUAUCCUUCUACUUCUAGACGUAAGAAAUCCAUUAAGUAUUGCUUGCCUCUUAUUGAACCAAACUCUGCCAUACCUAUUAGAGUGUUUGUCUGCAAAACGAUGUUCCUAAACACACUUUCUGUAGGGGAGAGAACUGUUCAAACAGCAUUGGCAAAAUGGAGUUCAGGUGGUGGGUCUGUUUUUCCUGAUCGGCGUGGUGGUACCAGAACUGUUGUCAUUGACGACGAAAUGAAACAGAGUGUUUUAAGACAUGUCAAAACGUUCCAGCCUAUUGAAUCUCAUUAUGUGCGUAAGGACACUACUAAAAUUUACUUAGAGAGUGACCUAUCAUUUACAAAAAUGUUUUCAUUAUACAAUGAGUGGUGUACGAUUGAAAAUAUAACUAAAAAAGCAAUGACAGUAAGACAGUAUCGAGAUAUCAUAAAUCAAAAUUUGAAUAUAUCAUUUCACAAACCGAAAAAAGACAUCUGCAAUGAGUGCCAUAUAUACAAUACAAACUUAAAUACAAUGACAGAAGAAGAAAAACAAAAACAGGAACUUCACAUGCGAAAUAAGACUAAAGCUAGAGAAGUGAAGGCAAAUGAUAAAAAGGAAGCUUUGGAAAGCAAAGGAAAAAUAGUUACGGCGUGUUUUGAUUUCCAAAAAAUUUUAAACUGUCCCCAUGGCAAUGUCGGUUUAUUUUAUUAUAAAAGAAAACUGUCAAUUUAUAAUUUUACUGUGUUUGAUCUAGCUAGUCAAGAAGGUUAUUGUUACAUGUGGUCCGAGGUUAAUGGCAAACAUGGGGCGUGUGAAGUAGCAAGUUGCUUGUCUAAAUUUAUUGAAACUAAAUUGUCACACAGCGGCAAUGUUGCAGAACAGAACAGUAGUGAUUCCUCUGAAUAA